AUGUCUCUUCUUCAUAAUGAAGACUUUACGAUCUGGCAAUUACGCUCCUCAUAUCUCUCGACGAUCAAAGAUGGAAUCGGAGACCGACUUAUCAACGUCAAUGACUCCGUCCUGAAUACGCCUGGUUUCCGCGCGGCGGGCUGGUCAACCGCCGCCGCGUACCCCAACACACACAGCUCCUCCCACCUAAAGCGCACUUACUCCCCGCCGAUUCCAACAACGGCAAACGUUUCAUCCGAAUACUACAGGCUAGCAGAACGAAAUGCAAAACCUCAACGUCACGAAUUACAAGGUCUCGGCCUGGAAGACGGCGAGGAUGAUGGUGGCAUGGUGACCGGUAGUAAGAGCCACAUGGACAUGGCCGCGGCGCGGCGAAACCAUGCACGCGGCGGAAAGAAGAAAACUCGACGAGAAAGACAACAAGAGGUCCAGAGACAAGUUGAAGCAGAGGACGACGAUAGCAGCGACCUGAGUGAUGACAGCGAUGAGGAUGGGGACACCGUUGGCAGUGCUGUUGAUCAGAUCAAAUUCGACAAGAUGCCCAUCCGCCGAGAUCGAGCCGACUCCUCUCCGAUGCGUUCUGGGGACCAGAGGGAACGGCCAGAAGUGAUGGUCACAUCUGCGUCAACACAAAGCCUUGCAAGUCAAUAUCGCCAAGUAAAACCACGGCCCCGUCGAGAUACAACCACUAGCAGUGAUCUGUCAACGGAUAACGAAACCGACCAUCGAGGCUACAAACAAGGCCAAGUUCAGUUCUCCACGAGUGAUCAGGUCGUCGAGUAUCCACGCAGACGGCGUGAGCGAACUGGUAGUCGAGGCGCAGAGAGCCUGGCCCUUGGAGAACUCCACGAGGUGGACGAGGACGAGGACUCCGGUGCCGAGUCUGUUGGGUCUGCAAUUUCAUCUGACUUUGACAAUACGGCCGGAUCUGGCUCCUUGCUGCUGGCAGGCGUAACGGGUGGUUUGAAUUUGUCCUCGCCCAUGGUCAUGAUGAACAAGUUACCCUCUGGCACAGGGCCGCAGAAUAAUUCACCGCGCAAGCAUCGCACUCCGGCUCCUGCAUUGCAAGAUCUUCCCCCGCCGCGGCCGAUCAGCAUGAUACAGCCGGUCAGCUUAUUGACCAGCCAGCUUACGUCCCGGAAGCGAGCACCAAGUAAUCCAGUGGAUAAAUUCGUGGUGCUCUCUGGACGAGGUCAAGAGGACUCGUUGUAUUUGAAGAUCUACGUUCCCUUUUCAAGCGACCCCGAAGACCCGCUGGAUCUACCACUUACACGCCAGUCUAAGCUUGCAGAACAGCCCGCACAAGUGACUGUUGCUGAGACGAUUGGUCUUGCCCUGUGGAAAUACCAGGCGGACGCUCGCGGCCCACCAAUUGAUCGCGCAAAUCUGACCGUGAACCGAUGGACGCUACGGAUGGUCGACGAUGGCGAAGUCGAAUAUGACUUCCCAGCGCUUGGGCGGACACUUCCAAUGACGGAUUUCACGUCAAACAACAACCAAUCAGCCAAGUCCCGAGGACGGUCAAGGGGCAAGCCGUACGAUGAAUUCGCACUGGUAGAAGCAUCGAAUUCGGAGUUUGAGGAGAAUGAACGGCUAUAUCCGCAGUUCAGUUCAAGCGUCGGGUCGGAAGAGGCAGAUCAGCCGGCGAAUCUUGCAGCACCAGGGACACAACCCGCUGCACAGAAAACCCAGACCACACCAGCCCGAGCAAACCCCAUCCUAGGCCAGCCAUUCUCGUCUGCGCUCAACCACAGCACUCUUACUCCCGCUGACCGCCCUGUGGUACCUAUCUCACAUGCCACUCCCCGUCUUGGUGUUUCCAAGACAUUGAAAAUCCGCUUCAUCAACAUGGAGGCUUCUGCACAUGUCAUGACCAUCAACACAUCUACCGACAGCUAUAUAGCCGAGAUCCUGGACUCUGUAUGUAAAAGAUGGGGCCAGGAUAAGGGCAACUACCUCUUAAAGGUGAUGGGGUCGAACACGAUUGCACCACUUGACCGCACAGUGGAGGCACUGGGCAGCAUCACAGACCUUGAUCUAGUGCGUCGUCGCUUCGGCGGGGGACCCCUCGCACUGGGAACCUCACCAGGCAGCUCAUCACCAAACGCGCCAUUGAUGGUGGAAACCGCGGACCCAACAACCUCCAAGAAGAGCAAAAAGGAGGCCAAGAAGGGUGCCCAACGCAUGUUGCCCUCAUCUUCUCAGAAACAAGACCACCUAGGUGGAUAUUACCGCCGGUACCACGUGUUCCGCAAACAACCCAUGUCCUUCACAGCAUCUAACCAUCGGAUCCUCACGUUUGAAAAUGAUUAUAUGCAUAUCGUGCCCGGUGACACGGGCAAAACGGCGUCUGGUGGUAAGACCCGUUCAAUCAGUUUCAGCGACGUGAUCGGAUCCAAGGUUAGCCGACGACAUCCCAAGAGUUUCCGGGUGAUGAUCGUGCGUGGCAAUGAUGCUACGGAGCAGAAGCGUUAUGACUUUGAGGCAAGGAGUACCAAUGAGGCCGUGGAGAUUGUGGACGAGAUCAAGAAGAAUAUGGCACAUUAUCGCAUUUGA